AAACGGAAAGCAGAAUGUGACGAUACUAGCUGUCGUGUCAUCAUUUCGGUAGCAGCUGCAACGUGGGAUAUCUGUGAGAAGAAGACUCGGUCAGUUUCGGAGCUAUUUCUAGUUGUCUGAGGUUAAAAUCAUGGAAACCUCUCCAGAUCCACUACCAAUAGGACCUGUUGGCCCAGCUACCUCAGAUACAGAUCACAGUCCAAAUCCCGCAAACAACAACACAACUGUAUCAGUUGCCAACUACAGCAAAGACCAGAUAGAUCCUGCAGCUAAACCUGGUCAGUGUGGUAUCUACAACCUGGGUAACACAUGUUUUAUGAACGCUGGACUUCAUUGCCUCAUGAACACUGCACCCAUCAUCAAGUAUUUCCUCGACCAGUAUUCUUGUGAUACAAAGUUUGGACAGUCACUAGCAGCCCACUUUUACUGGCUAGCCUGUAAGUAUUGGAGUGGAAGCUACGCCAUCAUCCAUCCUGGUGACUUCAAGACUUGCUUAGGCACUUUCCACAACCAGUUUGAGGAUUACAGACAGCAUGACUGUCAGGAAUUCCUGGCCCUGAUGCUGGACACAUUACAUGAGGAAACAAAUAAGAGUAACGUUAUUUUCAUGGAGCGGCAAGGCUCACUUCCGUCAACAGAUACUCCAAAGUGUGAACAGGACCAACUGAACAACUCGCUAGAAUAUAUAACACCAUCCGCUAAUGAACUGACCGCAACAACAGGAAAGAAUGACCAGCUAAAUAACUCACUAGAUCAGAUCACAGUAGCCGAAUUAACCUCCAUGCCAAGUAACGAUCAACUCAACAACUCACUUGAGCAAUCGGUCUCUUCAGAGCAGUUGAAUAACUCUCUUGAAAGGAAAUGUGUAGAUGGAGGUGAAAACCUUUCAGGCUGUGAAGCUCCUACAAACAGAAUAGGGGAGAGAAUCACACAGCAACAACAGGUUGUAGAACAGUUAUCUCCCCUCGUUGAUGGAGAUGCUAGUUCAAAAAAUGACUUCAUUUUUGCUGGUCAGCAAAAUAUGGACAUGUCCACUUUACGUCCUUUGCUUAAUAACUCCACAGAGUUUAAACAAACACUACCGUCCUUGCAUCAAUUUUAUGCCAAAGAAUCAAAGACUUUGAAUACAAAUGUUCUCCUAGACAAGGAGAGUGGAGGAGAAUCACUCAACACAGAUUCUCAAAAAUUCGCCAAACAAGACAAUGAUAGCCCGUUGAGAUUAAAUGAAGUAAAUUUAUUACAAGAUAUGGCUCCUAUGGAGGUAGAUAAAAACGACCAUCCUAAAGGUCUAAAGGAUGUGAAUAUUCAAGCUGACAAAUGUCAAAAGGCCUCCAUUGGGAUUGCGCUAUGUUUCGCUGAACAGAAAUCAAUGACAGCUCAAACCACCAUGAAAAACGCCGAUAGUGAAUCAAUGUGUUUUGAUCCUGAUGUCGAUAGUGUAAAACGAAUGAAGUUUGAAAGCACUGAAAAGAAUUUCCAGCACCAGGCUUUCAGUAAGCUCAAUAAGAACAUGUCAGAUACGAAAGGUUCUUGUAGUGUAGCAUUACAGGAUUUUAAAAACAGAUAUGACAGCAUUGCAGAUAGUCCAAAAUCUACUGAUACUGAUGCUAAACUGGAGGAUGAAGUUGAGUCAAAUUCAAUUCUUGGUCUCUCGGAGUCAGUUGGGGCCCAGCAACUAGAAGAAGAUGAAGAUGAAGAGGAUGAUGAUGAAGAUGAAGAAGACGUUCUGUGUGAUGCAGCUGACCAGGCGUGGGAUUCCUAUAUCAAACGACAUAAUAGUAUAGUGGUAUCCACAUUUCAGGGCAUGUUUAAGUCUACGGUGAUUUGCUCUGACUGUAAUCACGUUUCGGUGACCUUUGAACCUUUCAUGUACUUAUCCAUACCUCUACCACACAGCAUGGAGAGACAAUUAUGUGUAUGGGUAAUGCCAAUCUCCGGAAGUCCGACCAAGUACCUACUGACACUUCACAAAAAUGACAAGAUCCAAACAGUCAAACAACAACUUAAGGCCUACACUGGAGACCAGGACCUUGUCAUGGCAGAGGUGUUGGAGGGACAUAUAGCCAAGACUCUGGAUGACAAUGUUGCACUGCGAUUUGUUAACGACUCGACUCGUUUAGUUUUUGCGUACCAAAUGCCAUCACCCCCGAAAAAUAGCGAGCUGUCCGAGGCCAGCAAGGACUCAGCUGACAUCUUCAGCAAGAUGGACACUUUUGUACCAGGAGUAACACAGCUGGAGGAUAACAGCCUGAAUGCAGUUAUAUGUACUCAAGACCAUAUAUGUAAUCAGGAGAGCAGGUCCAAGGAUGAUAACUCAGGGAAAAACAAUAUUGAAGUUAUGCAGAAUCUAACGGCUGAAUCUACUGUGAUAUCUAAUGUUGUUUCUGGACAGGAGGAUUGUGACCCCUCUCUGUCUUUGACAGUUGAGAUGACGAUGGAAAAUACAGCGGAUCAGCCUCAACUAAGGACAGAUCUGUCUCUGAUGGAUGAUGCUCCAUAUAUGUUGGAUGCUGGUUCUUCCGAAAUCCAGUCAGACAACCCACUGUGGGGAGAUGAGAAAGAUCCUGCAGCUAAUUGGAGCUAUCACCCUACUUCUCCUGAAAAUCCAGUCACGUCAGAAACAUUCCCAACGUCAACAACACAUGAAUCUAUUGAGACAUGGAUUUCAGAUAACAUGCCUGCCACAGAUGGUUCUGGUUCCACAGUAGCGCCAUCUGUGGUGACACCAGACCAGUGGAGGUCAUGUGCGAUCUGUCUUGAGGAUCUGAUGGAUAUUGAACUGAUGGUCCACCAGCAGUGUGGGGGUACCUUCUGUCAGACUUGUCUAGAGAUGUCGGUGAGACAUUACGGAGAAGAUAGCUACACUUGUCCAGUCUGUUCAGCACCUGCUGUUCUUACAGAGGACUUUACUUCUCUAGGGGCAGAUAACUCUGAUCAACCUGUCAAAAUAAGGGUAAUUUCGGUGCCAGUUUCGUUUAAUAUCUGCACCGAGAAUGGAGAUCGUCGCCUCAUUGGUCAUCCACGUCCAUUGUAUCUGGCCAAUACAAUGUCUGGACAAGAGCUUUAUGAUUACAUAGAUGAGAUAUGUCCGGUCCGUGUUGAUUACACUUUAACAGUCACAGAUGGACAGGGCCUGCACUGUUCCCGCUGUGACUACACAUCCAAGUGUCAGGGGUGCCUGCUAACACGAGAGGAAGAUGUUUUGUUUCGCCCCGGUGAUAACUUGGCUGUGUGUUAUGGUGAAUUGACUGCAGAACAAUUAGCUUGUGCCGAGACGUAUCACACAGACAAAUCAAUGGAACUCCGCCGACCAGACAAACCUCUCCAUAUAAACGAUUGUCUGGAGGCUUUCACUGAAAGUGAGGUACUGGAUGAACACAAUCCUUGGUUCUGUCCACGAUGUGAGCGCAACCAGUGUGCAAAGAAAACAAUGACUGUGUGGCAGUACCCGGAUAGACUUAUCAUCCACCUUAAAAGGUUUAUGUUCCAUGAACUGUCGAGUACGAAGGUUGACAACAAUGUUGUCUUUCCCUUGGAGGGCCUGGAUUUGACCCAGAUGAUCUCUGGACCAAACACUAAAUGUCCGUUGUACGACCUCUAUGGAAUCGUCUGUCAUUUUGGAGGAGCGAAUGCAGGACACUACACAGCAUAUGCUCAACACCCUCAGGACCGUGUGUGGUAUUACUACAACGAUGAGACAAUCUCACAGCAGGAACCAAAUGCUAGCGAUUUCAGUAACGCCUACAUUCUGUUUUAUCAGAGGCAGGGAACAGAGGUGCAGUUUGACUUUCAGGAAUUUUUGACUCGGCACAAGAUUGAGGGUCUGAUGGUUCCAGACGUCACAACAGACUCGGUCAUAAAGGGUUCCCUCUCUCAAAGUAAUAACGGACCAAACACUUCACAAGGCAGCUGUGAUCGAAACCAGUCAGGGGAUAUAGCAGUUGCUUCAUAAAUUAUAGAUAACAUGUGUUUGUACAGGACUAACAUUAAUAAGCCCGCUAUCUUGUCUUUUAGAGUAGGAAGUACCCCCCUCCUUCCCGUUUGAGCUCACUACAAGAUAAAUAUAGGUUAACAUUAUCUUUGUCAAUGUGUGUUCUAGUCAAAGGUAGACGAAAGCUUCCCACAUAGUCUGAUGGAAAAUUAUUUUUACUUUCUGAUUUUUUAAAGUUAGAGGCUUUUUCAUCUGUCAUGUGACAACAACGCUUAAAAUGCAUGAAUCAGUUUUGUUGUAUUUGUUUAUCCUAAAGAUUUUAACAUGUGUUGAUAGGGUUAACACGUCUAUGUGAUUUAAAAUACUCAGUAGUUGUCAGUGUAUUCAUGUUGUCAAUGAAUAAACUGUUAGUUUUAUUUCAUAAUGAAUAGUGAGUGCUUGUAAUUCCUUUUUCUCAAAUUCAGUUUUUACUGUCCUUGGCAACUGGACCAUUGAGCCUCUGCACUGGUCAUAAUUAGAAAUACUAUGAAGUAUUGUUAACAGUGUAUUCUGACAGGCUGUCUUAUCUGAUGUCAGAGUAUUCUGACAACCUGUCCAAUCUGACGACAAGAUAUUUUACCGUCUGUUUUACAUAACCAACCACAGAAAUAUCUGAAAUAGAAGCAAAGAAGACACCUCACUAGCAUGUUCAGUCUCGCAGUGUGAGGCAGAUUUAACUGGAAUUCUAUAAAAUUAACUUUCUCAUUGAUAUUAACACUAAUAUCUAAAUAUUUAGAUUUAUCAUUCUAGUUUUCAUCAUAGUAUUUCUUGAAUUCUUUCUGUUAGAGUAACAUGGUGAAGAUAUUGGUUUAGUUGUUUGGUAAAAUAUCAUUUUCUCGUUGUCUUUGAUGAAGUCUUCCCUGUUUAAUUUCUGAUGUAGAAAGAAAUCUGUGAUUUCUGUAAAGUUUUAUAACUGUGAUAAUAAGUAUCGUUUUGUCCGUGUCAGUAUUGUAAUAAAUUCCUGGGUUUGUAAUUAUCACAGAAAGACUUCGUUUAUCUGUAUAUCGUUGUUUGAGAGUGAUAUUUUCCCCAAACAACAAUAUCCACAGAAUUUCCUAAAAUCCUUUAAGUUUACUUAAUGCCCUUUUAUAGAAAUAAUUGUAUGUAUGAUGUAUCUUUCUUCUUUUUGAUAAACAAGGAUAUUUUGACAGGUAGUUUCUGCGUAACUCUUUUUUUUGUGUAAGGAACAAUAUUGACAGGUAGUUUCUGUGGAAUUUUUAAAUUUUGGAUAAGGAAAGAUAUUUUGACAGGUUGUUUCUGUCAAAGUCUUCUUUGUUGUGUAAGGAACGAUAUUUUGACAGGUGGUUUUUGUGGAAGUCUUUUUUUGUGUAAGGAACGAUAUUUUGACAGGUAGUUUCUGCGUAACUCUUUUUUUGUGUAAGGAACGAUAUUUUGACAAGUAGUUUCUGUGGAAUUUUUAAAUUUUGGAUAAGGAAAGAUAUUUUGACAGGUUGUUUCUGUCAAAGUCUUCUUUGUUGUGUAAGGAACGAUAAUUUGACAGGUGGAUUUUGUGGAAGUCUUUUUUUUUUGUGUUAUGAAAGAUAAAAACUUGGUCACAAAUGCUAUUUUGUGAUGAAGUGUAAACUUACACAUGUAUGUGAUGUCAUUUUGAGAAGUGAAAGUGGAACAGCGAAACUAAAGUUAGUGAUAUUCUACUGAUGUUGUACACUAGAAAGUUUCCACAGCACGAAGGUUUCCACCUUGUGAAAUUCUGCGUUAUUAAGUUUUUAAAUUUUGGAAUUUCCAGAAUGAUAAGUUAUCCAUCAGAGAGGUGCGGAACUGGGAUACCUUAUUAGAGAUGUCUUACACUACUAGCACGGUUCCACCCUGUAAAAAUUAAUCUACAUUUUUGUUAACAGACUUGAAGGCAGCAAUGGCUGUUUAUUUUCUUUCAUAUUUUCGUAGUUCGUGGUUGUCUUAAUAAAAAUGAUUUCCGUGUGUGCUAUGCUUGUCAAGUAGCUUUUCACUUUCAAUGAUUGGAAAAUUGUGAAAAUGUAAACCAUCAAAAAGAGUGUUCAUAGUAAUAGGCUUCUUAACAGUGUUUUUAGUUCUAUAUUGUAAGACUUACCAGUGAAUUCAUGCACCGGUUUAUAAUAAUCCUAUCUGUUCACCUGUAGAUAGUGCUUAUGCUAUAUCUGGAACAUUUUGGGCUUUUUUUCCUGCAGUCAUUAAGCUUUGCAUGAAUAUUUGAAUGAGCUGAACUAGUGCAGAAUAAAAAAAAAAUAUUCUAUUAAUACCAUUGUAGCAGGGAUUUGUGUACAUAUGUAAGAUUCUAAUUUUGUAGACCAAAAGGAUUUUACAAAUCAAACAUCACAGACAUUUAUUUUAGGUAUAGUCAGACUGAAAUGACCUGUGUUUUUCAUUCUGAUAUUAUUUACAAAUAAGUUCAUGUGUAAAUUGGGAUAUAGAUAAACCACCGUCAUCAUGAAGCAUGCAUUAUACUCUAGACACUGAACAAAUAUUACCUGAUUAGUUACAGGUGAAGCUGAAUGGGUCAGUUUCUUCUAAAUAUACUUGGUUCAAUUUUUUAGUUUACAUGUUGGUUAAAAUGAGGACUGCCCAAUGGAGCCUCACGAUUUUUUUUUACACUGUCAGGUUUUUUUGUUGUGUUUAAUUGGAAGUGCACAUUCAAGAGAAAUUAUGGUAUAUUAUUAUGUAAAAUCGUUUCAUUGCUGUCACUUUUAUUGUGAUUUUUUUCCCUACAAAGUGAAGUCAAGAAAAAUUGUUUUUGUCAAUUUCUUUCAUAGGCUAUAAACAAUAACCAAAUCCUAAAUGUGUACUAAAGAUGUUUCAAUUUCCGACUGAAUAAGGUUUGAAUGAUCAAACAAAGCAUUUCUUGCUAUUGUAAUGUAGUAGCUAAUCUGACCUGUAUAUUUCAAGAUCCUGUCUAAUCUUACCUAAAUAUUCUUACACCCUCUUUAAUCUGACCUAAGUAUUCAUACACCCUCCCU